AUGUCUGCCAUUUGGAAGUACUUUGAUCCAAUUAAAGAUGAUAAUGGAACAACGGUCGCUGGAAAAUGCAAGAUACCUUCUUGCCAGAAAGUCCUCAAAUACAAUGGAACUAGCAGCAUGCGGAAUCACGUAACCAAAGUUCACAAAUUAUCUAUUACUUCAGAAAAGGGCAAUUCAAAUAUCCUUACUACAACGAUUGAAUUGGUACAGCCUGCUAUCACCGAAUAUUUUCCACCACUCAAUCAUGAAUCUCUAAACGCAACUAUUGCUCGUCUGUGUGCACAAGACGGACUGACUUUUUUAGUCCUAGCUACUUCUAAAACAAUUCGCAAGUUGAUUAAAGAUGGAGGAUAUGAAAACCUUCCAGAGUCGCCUAACACCAUCAACAAUUGUGUCAAAGAAUUUUCCAAAGAAGUAAUUGAACUUUACAAAAAUGAAAUCUCCAAAGAGCUACAAUCCAUUUCUCUACUCGCUGUUUCUUUUGACGAAUGGACAUCAAUAAACAACAAGCGCUAUAUGAAUGUCAUUUUGCAUUCAGCAAACAAACAAUGGAAUCUAGGCCUUGUUCGGAUUGAAGGAAAGACUAACGCAUCUCUAUCAAACUCUCAACUGCUUUCACAACUAGAAAAAUUUGAUGUUUCGUUUUCAAAUUUAAUUUGCAUGAUGAGUGAUGGUGCUGCAAUUAACGGUUGUAUGGCAAAAGAAGUGCACUUAAUUCAGCAAGAGUGUCUGGCGCAUGGAGUGCAGCUGGCGGUUAAAAAAGCUUUGUACAGUGAAAAAGAUUCUGAGAAAGAAAGCGAUUCUUCCGAAGACGAACUUCAAGACGAGUUGGGACUCCUAGCAUUUGAAAAUGCUUUUCCAAAUUUUACUCCGCGUUUCAAUCAACCUGAAAUCUCAAGUGCAAUCACAAAAGUUCGAAACAUCGUUAAAUAUUUUCGAAAAUCGCCUGUAAGAAAUGACGCACUGAAAUCCCGAAUCAAGGAGGACAUUCAAAAAGUGAAGAAUUUAAUACUUGAUAGCCGUACAAGGUGGAGUUCACUCAACAAAAUGCUGACUAGAUAUUACGAAGUCCGAGAACCUAUUACUUACAUUCUGCAUGUUUUGAACAAAAAUGAAUUGGCGAUUUCUACAGAAGAACAGCAAACUAUACAUUCAAUCAUUUCUGCACUCACUCCGAUUGAGCAAUGUGUAAACUCAUUGUGUCGCAAAGAAUGCACUUUAUAUGAAGCUCAUUUGUCAAUUGAAGUAGCUUUGGAUGAGCUAAAUGAGUCGAAUACUGAACUUGCUGUUGAAUUGCACAAUUUGAUUAUUCAAAAGUUAUCCUCUCGAUUUUCUAAAAUUUACUUUGUUCAGCUAUAUCUGGAAGACAAACUGCUCAUAGAAAAUCCAAAGUACUUUCUAGCUAUGCCAUCCAAAAGAAUGCUUCUUAAAACAAUGAAAGAAAUCAUCAAAAAAGCCUCCUUGCUCGAAAAAAGUGAGUCCAGUUUCGACAGUCAAAAUGACACCAACUUUGCAAGUCAAACUUCUUCAGAAUCGUCAUUUUACGAUAAAGUUGAAGCAAAGAAAAACCAGCCUAACAAUACAAAAGGAACUGUUGAGCAACGUUUAAUUGAGGAAGUUAAUCUUUACGAAGAAUCAAACUACAAAGGAGUUUUGCUGCAAAAAGUUUUAGCAAUUACUAAAACA